AUGCUCUCAACAGAAGAUUAUGGAUAUUACAGCUGCAGACAAUAUGUGAAUGGAGAACAACAAGGACCUGAUGCUCAUGUUUAUCUGCAUGUUCUUCAUGUCUCUUCAUCCUCCUCCUCCUCCUCACAGACUGAGAUCAGUGCAGGCCGUUCUGUGACUCUCUUCUGUCAGUUGUAUUCAUUUGCUGGAGGCUCUUGUGUUGAUUGGAUCGGUUCUGAGAGAAUUCAGCUGUUCUGGGUGAAUCAGGCUGGUGUUAAACUGAUGAGAUCAGACUCCAGAUAUCAGAUAUUAUCCUCAUCACAUCACUGUAUCAUCACUCUGAAUACAACACUCCUGAAUGAAGAUCACAACAGAGAGUGGAGAUGCAAUGUUACUCAGAGAGAUCAAGUCAAGAGCUCAGUCACAUACACUGUCAAGAGUUCAGCUCAAGCUGAUUCAGCGACAGCAGUGACUCCAGUCCACAGCACACACUCUGAGGAUCCCUCGACUACAAACACACACGUAACUAAAGAUCCAGCAGAAACUGAAGUCUGUAGGACUGAUGGAUCAUUAUUCAGAGAGAAGUGCAGGAAAAUGGUGUCCACACUCCAUGUAUUAAAUGAAUGUGAUUCCAUUGGAUUUCACGAGAAGACGACAGUGUUCACAUAUGAACGGCUGUACAGAAGAGAAGAAUGA